AUGUUCAGGCUCGCCUCCCGUCUGGCUCUUGUCAUGAAAUCCGGCAAAGUCACUCUCGGAACAAAGAGCACUUUGAAGACCCUCCGCUCCGGCAAGGCCAAGCUGAUCCUUAUCGCUGCCAACUGCCCUCCCCUCCGCAAGUCCGAGCUCGAAUAUAUGGCCAUGCUUGCCAAGUGCCCAGUCCACCACUUUGGCGGAAACAACAUUGAACUCGGCACCGCUUGUGGUAAACUCUAUCGUUGCUCUGUCUUGACCAUCCUUGAAGCCGGAGACAGUGAUAUCUUGAGCCGUGAGGCCUAA